AUGAACGCUACCCAAAAAGAAAACCUUCGGAACCUGAUUAAGACGUAUGUCUACAAUCUUGAAACCGAGUUUGCCGACAUCUGGAUGGCUGAUAUCGAUGCUGGACUCAAUGACACCUAUUUCGUCUGGAUCGGAGGCACCACUACAGACGAUCCGAUUUACUACCGUGUUUUCAAUCCGGCUGUCUGGAUUGAAUUCAACAACGAAGGCGGUGGUGGUGGACGUGGUCGCGGUGGCAGAGGUGGACGUGAUCAAGGAAACCGCCCCAGUCGGGACGACGAUGGACCCCGUGGUGGUUUAGAUCACAUCCAUUCGAUUACCCGAUCGCCGAACGGGAACGAUUACGGCAUUUUUGCCUUGAAUCACGGUCCCAAAACGCUCUUGGAACACUACGCGCUUGAAGAUCAUCACAAAAUGAGCAAACACGUUAUUUGA